AUGCAAUCCUCAUCAGAUAUCGAGGCUCUCCAUAAGCAGCUUUUCGACGCAGGCAUCAAAACGCGCAGGGAGGUAGUCGGUGAUGCAUACGUCGACAAAGCGCUGGCAGGCGGUUCGAGUGAUUUCGCGAAGCCGAUGCAAGACCUAGUGACUGAGAUGUGCUGGGGUCAUGUGUGGAAUCGUCCAGGACUGGACCGCAAGCAGCGCAGUCUCUUGAACAUUGGCAUGCUGUCGGCGCUGAAUCGAGGGCCGGAAUUGGGGAAUCAUAUCAGGGGAGCCAUCAACAACGGACUGACACCUAUCGAAAUUCGAGAAGCGGUGCUUCAAGUGUCGGUAUAUUGUGGUAUGCCGGCGGGAUUGGAAGGAUUCAAGAUUGCGGAGAGAGUCAUCAAUGAAAUGACUGCGGCUGGAGAAUACAAGCCAGAGAAGGCCAAAGCUUGA